AUGAAUAGCCUACGCUCCCUUCUGGCUGUUGCUGCCCUUUGUGGCCUAUCCUCUUCCUUCGAAUACAACACCUUCGACGGUGAAGGCCAUCCUUCCUGCUACAAUGUUACUGCUGUUUAUGAUCCAAAGAAUGUCGAUGAGAUUGUAGAUCUUGUCAAGAAAACAGCUAGUAAGGGCCUCCAGGUACGCGCCGGAGCGAAAGGGCAUAUGUGGUAUGAUACUCAGUGCUCUGACGAUGAGACCGUCAUCAUCCGCACUGAACAUGUGAACAACAUUUGGGACUUGGAUCUCGACAAAGGAACAGUCAUGGUUGAGGCCGGAGUCACCUUUUUUCAGUUGGCCGAGUACCUUCACGAGAAUGGCGCCAACAUCGGAACAGGUUUGGUCAAUUGGAACAUCAGCCUAGGAGGAAGCAUCGCCAUGGGGGCUCAUCGAACUUCGCUCCGAGAAGACGCAGUCGUUGUUGGCGGGGUCCUUGCAAUGGACAUUAUUGACGGCAAGGGAGAAAUUCGACAUAUCGAACGCGAUGAAUCGGAUGACGAUUGGCUGGCUGCUUCCACGUCUUUGGGUAUUCUGGGUAUCAUCGCCAGGAUUAAGAUGCAAGUGUUCCCGGAAACAAAGGUUUGGGCUAUGCAGAAAACACUGGACGAAAAAGAUGUCCUUGAUGGAGACAUCUAUGGAAUGAUAUCACCAUAUCUUACAGCUAACUUUUGGUGGUGGCCGUAUAAACGCAAGUUUCACUGGCGCUACUAUGACUCCGUACCCGUGGAUGAGAGCGACCAAGAAGGAUUCCAAUCGACCUUCUCCGUGACCGAACUAGAGGCAGUUGCAGCACGCACUCUCCUCGACAGUGGUAAGUAUCUGCCAUCUUCGAACUGGCUAAUGGAGGAAAUCUUCUUCGGCCUGUGGGACAAGCCCAAUUUUCACGACAAGUCCACCGACGAAGAGAUCACGAAGUGGCCAGUGUACGGGUACAACUAUGAUGUCCUUAUUGGAGGAUUGUAUCCUGGUCAAAAGCCGGAAUGGGACUACGAUCUCCGCGGUUACACUUUGGAGCUGGCAUUCCCCGUGACGCGAGCAAACGAGAUGCUCAAGAGGGUCCGUCAGCUGUUCGACGCUGAGGCAAAGAAAUUGAUUUUCAUGACCUCGACUUACAGAAGUGGCAUCAACAUAAAGUUUAGCAAGCCGCAUUACGAUUUCCUCGGUCAAUCAACGGUUGACACUGCGGAUGGUCAAGACUGGAGCAAGGGCGCUAUCAUGUUUGAUUUUCCGUCAUAUCGCCCAACAGUUGGCGACCACAAGCGAUACAAUGAGCAAUUCUACAUCAACCUGGCCAACACACUGAUAGAUGAGUUCCCUUGCCGGCCUCAUUGGACGAAGAACACUAGGGAUGUCUUUAAGAGAUCAGUGAAGAAUUUGGAUCCAGAGGUAUGUAUUACGGCCUUAAAUCUUGCUCGUUUUAAGGCUGUGAGGGAGAAAUUCGAUCCCGACGGUAUUUACAGGAGUGUAGUUGGAGAGAUUCUGGGAAUGUAUAACUAA